UACAAAUUCUUCUAGAGAAAUAAGGAAAUUUGUUUAUUAAAGUAUGAUUAAAAUGUUUUCGUUAUUUAUUAGAGCAAGGUGUUUAAAACCAAUGGCUGUGAGAAUUAUGUAUAAUUGUUCCUGUGUUUCUCGUAAAAUUAGUGGUUCAAAUAAAAUUAGUGCUCCAACUGUGAAAUUUAAAGGAAAAUUGAUCAGAAAUAACGAUUUUAUAAUAAUUUCAUGCAGGAAUUUCAGUGUAAAUGAGAGUAUUGAAAGAGAGACCCCUUCUGCAAGUAAGGAAAACAUUAAACUGGUUAAUCUUGUAACAAAUUUACAUCGGAGUAUCAAUAAACAUGGUCGAGUUUUUCUAGAUCAAAUUUAUGAAGUUUUAAAUUCAAAUUUAGCUCAUUUAUCAGAAGAAGAUGCAGAUUUGUUGUUGCAGUGUUGUGGUCAUUUGUUGCCUGAUCAAAUACCUGAAGUUCGAGCAGCUCUUUGUGAUCAUGUAAAAGAGAAUUUAACAAAAACAGGAGUCCCUUUUAAUUACCACUUGUACAUUAGUGUUUGCACAGAAAAUCAGCAUUUGAUACAAUAUGAAAAUCUACUAGGAGAAGUAGAUAAAGCAGAUGUCAAGCUAUAUAAAUUAAUCUUAGAGAAUGUAUGUACAGCAGGAGACACUUUCAAAGCUAUUAAUGUGUUGGAAGAAAUGAAAAAGCAAAAUAUGCCUGCUGAUGAAGACACUUUUAAUUCAUUAGUCCUAGCACAUGCUAUAAAUGGUGGUCUUAAUGAUGCUAAUACUGUUUUGGAAACAAUGAGAAAUAUUGAUAUUUUUCCUUCAGUUUCCACAUAUGUAGCUCUGCUGACAGGUUUGGCAAAACGUGCUAGUGAAAAGCAGUUUGAAGCUGUUGUUGAACUUCUUCCUCCUAACAGUUUAACUGAGAAAAUGUUCCUUCAAAUUGUUCAGGAAUUAAGUCAAAAUGAUAAUCAGGAUUGGAUGAGACAUUUGUUUGUGAAAAGGGAUUUUACUGAUUUUUCAAAACAAAGUUUGAAGUAUUUGGAUAAUUUAUGUAUACACCUUAUUUACUUAGAGAAGCCUUUGACUGCAAUAACUAUAUAUUCUAAACUUGUCCAACAACAACCUGAUAUACUACAGGGGAAUUAUGGAAUGUUUUUGUUAAGGGAAAUGGUUAAAAAGGGAUGUAGUUCUAAAGAUAUUUUGGAAUCAGCUAAAAUACUUAAAGAAUUAAAUCUGAACAGUAUGGCCUAUGUUAAAGUUACUGAGACUGCUCUGAGAAGAAAUUAUCAUGUUAUUGCUUGGGAUUUGGUAAAAAAUAUGUCACCAUUGCGGCCCCACUAUUUUUGGCCCCUUUUAAAAAGUGCUGCUAAAGAAAAUGGAGAAGUAGGUGUCUGUGAAGCUAUAGGAAAAAUGAUGAAUUUAGGUGUUAAACCUGACGAAGAGACUUGGGAAUUAUAUAUAUUGCCCCACUGCGAUUUUAGUAAUCCUUUAGAUUUGAUGAACAGACUGAAAAAAAUGGGUUUUACUUCGAAAGAGUUGUUUACGCCAUUAAUAAAAGUUCUCAUAAGAAAAGAUGCAAUUCAAGAGGCUGUAAAAUUAGUUUCAGUUUAUGAUGGCCCCAUAGAUGCCAGCGCCUUAAAUAACUUAUCCAGGGCAUGGAUUAUUAAUAAAAAUGCCGAUAGUGUGGUACCUAUAUUGCAAAAAAUUUGUGAAGUGAACAGCAGACAAAUAGAUUGGGUGGGGCAGUUCUUGGAAAAAGUUUGCAGUUCCUGUAGAAGUGAAGACGACUUUAAAAAAUUUCGCGAGUUACUGAAGAUGCAUUAUCGAAUGUUGUUCAAUUAAAGUGUAAAGCAGAGAAAUUAAGGAAGAGCAUUGAUCAACUUAUAGACACCCUUUUGGAUGUAUCUUUCAAAACUGAAGAGCAUCAUAUUCCA